CCGACCUACCCACUAGUCCUAUGAUCCCUCCCUCCCUCUGUAGACUUAGACACGCAUAUAUACACCUCACUUCAUCUUCCACUUCUCAUCUCUCACUCUUACCUUCACUUGUACAUAUACCCUUUCCGGCUACCUCCCAUCAUCCACCAUGGUCACCGUCGACGAAAUACGCUCCGCCCAGCGUUCACAUGGACCCGCCACCAUCCUGGCCAUCGGCACCGCCACUCCUUCUAACUGCCUCAUCCAGGCCGAUUACCCCGAUUACUACUUCCGCAUCACCAACAGCGAGCACAUGACUGAUCUCAAAGAAAAAUUCAAGCGCAUGUGUGAAAAAUCCAUGAUCAAGAAGCGUUACAUGCAUCUGACGGAGGAAUUCUUGAAGGAGAAUCCCAACAUGUGUGCUUACAUGGCUCCUUCUCUUGAUGUGCGUCAAGAUAUAGUGGUGGUGGAGGUGCCUAAGCUCGGAAAAGAAGCCGCCGUUAAGGCCAUCAAAGAAUGGGGGCAGCCCAAGUCCAAGAUCACCCACCUCGUCUUCUGUACCACUUCCGGUGUUGAUAUGCCUGGCGCGGAUUACCAGCUCACUAAGCUUCUUGGUCUCCGACCCUCUGUUAAGCGUCUCAUGAUGUACCAGCAGGGUUGCUUCGCCGGCGGCACUGUCCUUCGUCUUGCCAAGGACUUGGCCGAGAACAACAAGGGCGCGCGUGUUCUCGUUGUUUGUUCUGAGAUCACCGCCGUCACUUUCCGUGGGCCCAGCGACACCCACCUCGACUCUCUGGUGGGCCAGGCCCUGUUCGGGGACGGAGCUGCGGCAAUGAUCGUCGGUGCUGACCCUGACCCGGCCGUGGAGCGACCAAUUUUCCAGAUGGUCUCGGCGGCACAGACCAUCCUGCCGGAUUCCGACGGAGCCAUCGACGGACACCUUAGGGAGGUGGGUCUCACGUUCCACUUGUUGAAAGACGUGCCGGGAAUCAUCUCAAAGAACAUCGAGAAGAGUUUGGCGGAAGCAUUCACACCCAUCGGAAUCAACGACUGGAACUCCAUCUUCUGGAUUGCCCACCCGGGCGGACCGGCGAUUUUGGAUCAGGUGGAAGCCAAGCUGGGACUCAAGGAAGAGAAGCUGCAGACGACGAGGCACAUUCUGAGCGAGUACGGCAACAUGUCGAGCGCUUGCGUGUUGUUCAUAUUGGACGAGACCAGGAAGAAGUCGUUGAGGGAAGGAAAAUCCACCACCGGAGAAGGACUGGAAUGGGGAGUGCUCUUUGGUUUCGGGCCGGGCCUGACGGUGGAGACGGUGGUGCUGCACAGUCUUCCGGCGGAGGCAGGUCAUUAGAGAGAUCAUUAAUGAAUUACAAGUUUGGUAAUUAAGAUUGUGUUAAUUAAUGGUUAAGUAGAAAAAAUUGUGAGGGAGGGAGGGGAAGAAGAAAUAAUGAAAAUGGAAAGGCGUAAAGUACAUAAAUAUAUAUUUCACUGUGUUAACAAUGUUUGUGGAGUGAAGAGGAGAUUGAUUACUUUAAUGGGUGAAGUAGUUGUGGGCGAUCUUUAGAAUGUUGUUACGUUGUGUCACAAUCCAAUGGCUCCCUGGCCUUACCUUCUUUUAA